AGUGAUGGAGAGGAGAGCAUGUCCUCCUGGUUCUCAGUGGGAUUCUCUGCUCAAGCAUUGCAUCUCCCACAGAUCCCUGGGACUGACACCAUCAGCGGUUCCUCCGCCGGUCCUGAAGCCGGUGCUGAGCACCAGAGGUCUGGAUGAGUCCUGGUCCUCCAUCAGCCCCAGCGUGUGGAUCUGUGUCGGGCUGGUCGUGAGUGUGUCGGUUCUGGUGCUGCUGCUUUGGUUCAUCAUCUACAGAUGCCACAGCAGGACCUCACAGAGCACAGGUGAAAAGGACUCUACGCCUCACACCCCGACAACCAUAGAACAGGAAGAGGAAGCCCCGUCACCUUGGCCGCACUUCAAUGGCCAGACACAGGAAAUGCCAAUCAAAGAGGGACCCUGUGGGCGGAGCCUGUGUAAUGGAUGGGCAGAGCAUGGGCUGCCACUUCCUGCCACAGAAUUGGGAAACUCCGCCCUCGUCACCACCAAAACCGGACAACCUGUAUAAGUCUGAAGAGUAAUGUGAA